UGUAGACAGGGAGCCAAGAUGAUGAUUUGUUUUCAUUUAGCUGGAGAAAGUUUUGGGACAUCCAGCAUAUUUAUUUCUGAUGUUAGAUGUAGGUCUAUAAGCCACAACAAAUACGAUUAAUAGCAAAAAAAUCUACGUUAUAAUGGUCUGAAAAAACUUACAUGGAUUGUUACACGUCAAACUCAUGCACCUAAAUUUGUAGACGUGUUUGGGUGUGUUGUCUAAAUGGGAGGCGCUAUGUCGAGAUUAUAGGUAGCCAACUACCGUAUUAACUUUAGAGCUCAGUUUAGUGACGAUGGGAUACUCCCUCAAAUGCAAAGAUCUGAAAACCCGCUGGGAUCAGAAUAGUUUAACAUGUGUACCCUGUCCUCUAAAGCCAGGACGUGAAAUUACCCCUAACUGUGGCUAUGAUGAUGACGGAGGGCUACACGAGACCUCCACCACAAAAUGCAAACCCAAUACUUUUAAUGAUGGCAGCAGGGCAUAUUGCCAACCGUGUGCCUCAUGCCCGCCCGGGUUUGACAUUGUGAGCGCCUGCAAUUCAACUACUGAGACCCAGUGCCAAGAACCAAGAAGCGGGACGACCACGGAAACAACAUCUCAGGGGGUGUCUGUUUUCAGCACGGCAUCUACGUUUCAGACAAACCAAGGAUCCGACUUAACACCAAAUACAACAACUAUACCAAUUCCAGGCUCUGACUUAGUUUGGGCAUUUCCAUUGGCUGUCUUACUUUCCACUAUUGUUGUUGUCUUAUCUGCUUGUGUGAUCUACAUGAAGCGAAAAAGAGUUCAGCACAGAGUGCUGCUUCAUAACAGAAGAUCAUCAUACGUCAAGGCAGGGUUCUCUCCCCUUUCUGCUGCAACUGGUAACAAUGAUCUGGAGGGCAUUCUGAGUCCUAACAUCCUGUCAGCACCUUUACAGACGGUGCUGGACAACCUGGAUGUUUUGGAAGAGCUGGUGAUUUUGUUGGAUCCACCAAACCAUGGAGUGAAGAACACCAAGCAUCUGGCAUCUCAUUGCUCCUUCCCCUCCACCUGGAUUACUUACACCUACUCUUUGAAGGACAGUAAGAGCCCUCUGAAAGCUGUGUUGGAGGGGGUCACCAGCAGGCACCCUGACUGGACAGUAGGGCACCUGGCUAAGAUGCUCAGACAUAUGGAGCGCAAUGAUGCCAUCGCAGUUCUCGCCAAACUGAAUGACAGAGGCGUGUAGCACUCCUUUAACUGCCAAAAGCCUUUCACUGCAAGGUUUGUCUUUCUAUGAUAAUUCCUGGAAGAUUCUAAUUGAAUAAAAGUCUGGAUAUAUCAGUCUCUGCUA